AUUGGUAUCAACCGAAUGCCAAUGUAAAUUUUUUUGGCAUUGGUACCAACGGUUCGGUUUGGCCGUUGGUAGCGGCUUGGGCAAUUGAAAGAAAGGGGAUGCACAGGGAUAAAGUUGCCGUUGAUCCUCUAAUGAGAUGUAACUCGAUGUAUAAGCCACUGCAGCUCAACAUGUUAUGCAGGAGGAGGCGCAUAGGACGGUCGGAUCAUUUCCAACUGACGAAGAUUAUUAUUAAAGUGCCCCAGUAGACCGGGGCUGCCUUCCUGCCUCAAUCGGCCAUGCGUCUUCCGAAUUGGUGUGAACGAAUGAAUAAACGAGGUGUUGCGGAGCGCUGUUAGCCAAUGCGGAUGUUCCUCAUGCACAACGAUAGCGAGUGGGACAGUAUGUCGCCGAGCUGUCAUGUACUGAUAAUUGUCCUGUUUCUGUUUCGGUCCGGACUUCCACAGGGGGAAUGAGUAAUUGCUAUGUGGUCAUUGAAGGAGGCGGGUAUCUCACAGACAUCCGGAAUCCAUCGCGGAAUCCCACAGCUGUACCGCGGCGCUGCGAGUCAAAGCGGCCCGCUUUAGGAGCUCCUACCGCGCGUCGUUAUGCCAUUCCUAACGCUGUUUAUGGAGGAUUACUGUACGAGACAGUCGUGCGUCAUUUCGUGCCUUGAUUGAUACACGUUUCCCCAUAAUAUGGCCGAUCAGAGCAACAUUCAAUCCGCCGCCUCCAAAAGCAUCAGGCCGUUUAAGUCCAGCGAGGAAUACCUAUAUGCCAUGAAGGAGGAUCUGGCUGAAUGGCUGAACACGCUGUACGACCUGGACAUCACAGCGGACACUUUCAUGGAGAGUCUGGAGACCGGCUGCGCGCUCUGCCGGCAUGCCAAAAACGUGAACCGCGCCGCCCACGACUUCAAGACGAAGUAUCCAGAUGCGGCGCUUUCGUUGCGGAUACCCAGCAAGGACGUGGUCUUCCAGUCGAGGAACGUCAUACCGGGAUCGUUUUUGGCCAGAGACAACGUGUCGAACUUCAUCGGCUGGUGCAGGCUGGAGCUCUGGAUCAAAGAUGUGCUCAUGUUCGAGACCAACGACCUGGUGGAGAGGUGUAACGAGAAGAACUUCGUGCUGUGCCUGCUGGAGGUGGCUCGCCGGGGGGCCAAAUUUGGCAUGCUGGCCCCCAUGCUGAUUCAACUCGAGGAGGAGAUCGAGGAGGAGAUACGGGACCAGGAGAACCUGUCGGAGGCUCUGGGGGAGUCGCAGAGCCCGCCGAGCAGGACGUACAGCCGCAAGGAGAGCAUCGGCGAGCCCGACCCAGAGCUGUUGGCCCGCUGGCGGGAGCAGCAAAAGAGAGUCCUGCUGGAUAUGCGCAACCUGGACGAGCUGGUUCGGGAGAUUCUGGGCCAUUGCUCCUGUCCAUCACAGUUUCCCAUGACCAAAGUCUCAGAAGGGAAAUACAAAGUCGGAGACUCCAGCGCACUCAUCUUUAUCAGGGUGUUACGGACUCAUGUGAUGGUGCGCGUGGGUGGAGGUUGGGACACACUUGAGCAUUACCUCGACAAACACGAUCCCUGUCGCUGCGCCGCAUUCGCUCACCGGUAUCAGCAGGCUAAAGCAAGUGGCCAGGGUCCUCACAGUAAGAGCUCCAGCACUCACUCCUCCCGCUCCACAAGCCCAGGACCUCACUGGCGCAAUGAGGGCAUGGCACCCUACAAAACCCCCGAUAGGCACUCUUUGGACCCUGUGUUGGGCGCCACAGCACAUUCCUCUCCAUCACGGCCUGGCAGGUCGCACUAUGCAGCUGUAACUGUGGAGAUGGAGACUAACGCAGGGCGACCCACGACAAUGCUGCCUCGACCGCCACGAGACAGAUCAGAACCACGCCACUUGAAUCCUCUCAGGAAUAAGGAAUCUCUUCUUCUGACUCGCAGGCUAUCAGGAGAUAGUGACUCUUCUACAGCCUCGUCUAAAGGUGGAGGAGGAAGCCCAGGAGGAGGUCGCUUCUCUCUGGGUACACGGCAUGCUCAUAGAGACAAGGUGGUUCUACUGGUGAACCGUAAGGAAGGGAAACACAUUAUUGAGCGUCCUGGAGCGGGAGCACAGAUUCGAGCCCUGAGAACCCCUCAGACCCGUGCCCAUAGUGCUUCCAGAGAGCGCCCUGCACCACAGUCCACCUCAGUCUUGAAACCUACUCCACCACAGGUCCCAACAGAGGUACAUCGAACUCCCCGCACAGAGAGAGGCAGAUCACUAGGACCCGAAGGUCCUAGGAAGCUGCUGGCUCCACGCUCCCUCAGCCAGGGCAAGACUCCUAGAGGCCGAUUGGGUGACGUCAGCCUUGGAUCAUCACCUCGCCGCAGAGACCCUCAUUCUCUUUCAGUAGAUCGGAGAGAGGAACUAAGACCCAAGCACAUGCCCGCAGCAUCCUCAAAAACAAAUGGAAGUUUGUCCAGAAGGCAAGCAUCUUCCUCAGCUGCGAAAAAGGGGAUGGUAGCGCCACGCCCCCCUGCGCCUUUGUUGCCUUCCACUGGCAGUCGAAAGUUGCUUCCUCCUGUCACACAGCCAGGGCACCGCUCUCUGCAUCCUUCCCCUCGAUCAAGUCAUCACCACCCACCACGUUCCCCUCGGUCUGCACACAAUUCACGACCCACAGGGAGAGACCAAAAAGGUUGGGCAAAUCCCUACAACCAGCAGCAGGAGAGCCAGGAAGACAGUGGUAUUUUUAGUUUACACCUGCUGGCAAGUCUGGACCCUCAAAAGGAGCAAGACCUAUAUCGCAGCUUUGAGGCCGAGUUUCUGGCCAACACGCAACACACCAAAUCUGUGCAGGGUAAAGCAUCCACUGGAGGGAAAAUGAGGUCGCUACAGCUCCCUGGCUCCCAACAAGGUUCAGGGGUGCUCCCAGCCUCUUCGGGUGACACUAAUGUUACAGACUCGGCUUACUCUUCUUCUAACUCUUCAACAUCUUCUCUUAAUGUCGGAGGUAAGGUGGGAAUCCUACCUGAUUUGCGAGAGUCUAAACGGACUAAUCCUCGCACCUGUGCACUCGAGGACCCUCCUGCUCUUCUCCACAGCCAGAUUCGUGGAGGCCUCCCCAAUGGAGGGCUCCUGGAGGGAGAGCGGAGGGGGGGUAAAGGAGGAGGUCUUCGUAAGCUCCCUGCCAUCUCCAGCUCCACAGAGGAAGGAGAGGCCUCAAAUCCAGGCCUAUCCAGAUCAGUGUGCCUCCCCAAAGACAUCAAUGGGAGCCUCCCUUUGACGGAGGUGCCAUUGAAAAGCCAGCAGGACCUGGUGGAAUGGGCUAGGGUGGAGGGAGACGUACCACAAAGUACCGAACAUCGCUUGGACCUGCCAUAUGACGAUGCUGACCUGCCACUUCCUGAGACAUUUCCCUCCCCUCCACCACCUCUAGAUGACUGUUCUUACCAGGACUCUUCCAGUGAGAGCUCCUCCAUGUGCUUAAGUCUGAGUGAGCCUCCAUCUGAAGGGUCCUGCACUCCUCCUCUACCGCUGGCCAAUGGGGAUACGAAUGACGCAGUCAUCCUCCGUGCCAAGAAAGGUAAAAAGAAGGCAGAGAGGGUGCCCUCCAUCUACAAGCUCAAGCUACGGCCACGGAUAAGACCCCGCACUGACAACAGACCCGAGAACAGUCCGUCACACAUCCCUACACCUGUAUGAUACAGAAAUCAUUGUCAGCAGUCUCCUGCCGAUUCAUCUCCCCUCCAGACCCCACCACAGUCCCCACAUUUAAACAAUCACCAACCCUCACACAAAGCUCUGCAUCAGGCCUUUGCUGACCUCAUCCAGCCACAGCAUCGUUCCCCAGCUAUUGGCUCUAGAGAGUGUGCCUAUUCUUCAGAAUCCAGCCUAGACAACGAGGCCUGGAUGUAGUGAAUGAUGAUGAUGAUGUACACAAGCAACUGACUUGGUCUGUAUUCAUUCGCUCAGCAUAUAAAGCUUUAUAGUCAGAUUAGAGAAAGGAAGGGUGGAAAAAAAGCACAUUUGUAAGACUGAGAUGAUGCACAUCUGACUGUUGUGUAAAACAUGUAGCAGGAUGCUGGAAUCCUUACUGUCAUUUCACUGGAGACAGAUGUGUCCUAAAGUGGCAAAGAACAUACAACGCCAUUCUUGACAUCUUGGACCAACAUAGCCUGUUGUGAAGUAAAUCGAAGAGCUACUUACUGUACAUGCACCAUCUGAGCUAUGUUUAAUUUUGUUCGAGUCAUCAUUUUUCCUUAGAUUUUUUUUCUGUUUGAGAAAGGAAAUUACUG